CCAAAUUUUGACCCGAUGCCCCUCUCUCCCCUCGGCCCCGCAAUCGCAACAAACACAAUACCUCUCCGUCCGUUGACACUUCUCUCACCUUUUUCCGUUCAAACGCCCAAACCCUCCGGCCCAGAAAACCCAAAUCCCCGAUCUUUCUUCCCCUACAAAAAUGGACCAUCACCACCUCCAACAGCUUCACCAACAGCAGCUCCUCCAAGCCCGACACCACCAACAACAACAACACUUCCAACCCCCACAACAACCACACUACCAUUACAAUACCAAUACCCACCAAUCUUACUACCCUCCUCAAUAUCAAUACCCACAACAACAACAACAACAACAACUACAACAAAAUGGUUAUCACCCAUCAAACUAUACCAAUCUCUAUCCCCAGCAGGCUUAUCCCCAGUCGGCAGUGCUUCGACCACCUGAGCUUCCGGUCCCGCCAGCGGUGGCUGUGAUGUCUCGUUUGGUGCAAUACUCAGGAGCAGUGGGGUCUCAAUGGAACACUCCACCAAUGGUUGGCCAACCUCCUUAUAGGGGUAUCGGUGAAGUGGGUAGUGAACUAUUCAGAGGACAUCAAGGAAAUUUUGGCUACAGCGGAGCUCACCCAUCUUUCAUUGGGGGAUCACAUGGUCGAGGUAGGGGUGGUUCUUGGCUUUUAGCAGAACAUGGUGUCCCUUCAACAUCUUCUCAUCCUCCCCAUCAGACAUACCAAUCUCCGGUAACGCUGACACCUCAGAAGUCGGAAUCUGCAUCAGCACUGAAAACGGAAGUUCCAAACUACCAAAAACCUCAAGUUGCUCAAAAAACCACGGUUACUUGGUGUGAAGUUUGUAAUGCUUCAUGCACUAAUUUGGACGUUCUUAAACAGCACCAAAAUGGAAAGCGACAUCAAAGGAACCUGAGAAAAAUGGAAAGGUUGAAAAAUGGUAUCAGAACAGUGGCCAAAUUGCAGGGCCAACAGCUUUGCACUUCUAAUACAAAGCUUGAAGUGCCUCAUCAGACUCAGUGUGAACAAGACGAUGAAGAGAAAAACACAACAAAGGAUAUACCAUAUGAACCUGUUGGCUAUGAAAAUUCAAGGGAAACUGGAAAACAAAAUAAGAACCCCAGACAGCCUAAAAUUCCACCAGGUGAUGGGUCUGACAAUGUGAAGCGUGGUAAGAAGCGCAAGAAAACGAAAACUUCCAAACGUAAAGUUGUAAUUCCGAUAGUUUGUGACUUGUGUAAUGUCAAGUGUGAGAAGCAGGCUUUUUUCGAUCAGCAUCUUUCAGGAAAGAAGCAUGUUGCCAAGUAUAAACUAUUUAGAGGCCAUGAAGCUAUGCAUCGACCCGUGGGGCUUCAAGUUCUAUACCCCCCUAACCCAUUGGCUGAAACUAUAUUCCAACCCCAAGAAGGAAGAUAUAUACCUCCCCAUGUGUACCAAGAUAUACAGGUGGAAACAAGUUCAGAUCCUCAAUUUCAACAAAAUCCAACCUCUGAAGGAUCUGAAUCCAUUCUUGGAUGUGGAAGCUCUAGUACCAUUACAACAGCUCUAGAAACCAACAUCACAACAGAACCGGAAAUCAGCCAAGAAGCUACCAUUGAGGUCCAACAUUUGAAUAGUAUUUCAGAGACGGGUCAGGGGUCCAAUACUUUUUCACAGGACUGAUAAGCUGUAUAAUCUGGUUCAACCAUUCCACAGCAGAAUCGCCAGAAAAAUGUUACCUGAAUCCUAACAUAGCUCAAAGAUGGGAAGAUAUGAAAAGAGGGGGGCAUGUUACUAUGUUAAUAUCCGAAGAUGGUAACAGUGACCGGCUUGGUUUGAUACUUCGAUAUUAAAAGAGAUGAAGAGAAUCCCCUGAGUUCCAAAAGAAGAAUCCCAGUUUUGAACUUUGAUGGGCUCAAGACCUGACAUGCAGUAAAUGGAGAAGCCACAAAGUCAAAAGUCAUCUGUUUCCAAUCUUAUGGUUCCAAAGCAAUUUAUCUUCCCAACACAAUUGGAAAGGGCAAACAAUUCAGGAAAGCUCAUUGCUUCUACAUUUCUGCUGAGACUUCUUUAGAGCUAGAUAGAGAGAGAGAGUUUCAAGUUUCAUCAAUGGCUGCUGAUCACUCCGAAAAUCUCAACAAGCUCAUCGAAAAUAUUUCAGAUGAUCUCGAAAACUUCAACCUAAGCCACUUCCGUCAAAGUAAGUUGGUCAAUGAGUUAAAGGAGCUGGUUGGGCCUCAAGUAAUUACCAUUCGUGGGGAAAUUGCUGCAGCUCAGAGAGAACAGGCUGAGGUUGAAGAGGCUAUUAAUAGAAUAAAAACAAGGGUUGAAUGGAUGGGGAAUGCGAUGAAGCAGUUUAAGGAUGAAGUAGCUGCAUCUGAGAUUGAGCAUUUGCUGGUUUUUGGAAUGUACGUGAGCAAUGAUUUUGAGGCUGAGGUCAAAGAGGCUGUUAGUGGACUCAAAACAACAGCUGAACAACUUAGGGGGGAUGGUUUUGGCAAGGAUCUGAUAACGAAGUUUUCUGCGUUACAAGCUGCAGAUCAGAGAAAUCAGGAUGAGCUUAAAGAGGUUGUUAAAAAAGUAGGAACAAGGAAGGAAUGGGUGGAGAAUACUUUGAAGCAGAUUGAGGAACUAGAAACAAGGGCUGAAUGGGUGCAGAAUGCGUGCAUCUGAGAUUGCCAGAGAUAUAACCGAGUCUGAGGGAAAAUGUCCUGUUAUGUGAAACAGACAUUUCGGCCUGCUUCCGUAUUUCUCCAUCCCAAUUCACACCACCCCCACCCCCCACCUUUGUCCCUUUUUAUUUUUCAAGUUUGUAAGACGUAAAGGGAUUAGUUCCCGAACUGCAUUGUUAUUUACUUAAGUUAGGAUUUGUGGCUAAGUUUUUGAACA